AUGACGGGGUGCCGAAGGCAUCGCUCUCAUCGGAUGAUGACAGGGUGCCGAAGGCAUCGCUUCUCAACUGAUGACGGGGUGCCGAAGGCAUCGCUCUCGUCGGAUGAUGGCAGGGUGCCGAAGGUGAUGACGGGGUGCCGAAGGCAUCGCUAUGUCAAAUGA